AUGAGUUGGCCUCUCUUCCUCAGAAUCUUGCAAGGUCUUCAACAACAUGAUUCGUACUUUACACAACGGGUAGACGCAACUGCAUAUGGGUUACCUUCUGAUGCUGUAGACGAGUACAUUCAAAUAGGGGAGUCGACAGCUAGGGAAUGCCUUCAGCAUUUCUGUCGAGGUAUCAUUGCAUACUUCAGUGGGUGGUAUCUACGAACUCCUAAUGAAGCUGACAUAACACGCAUCAUGCAUCAUAGCGAAUCAAGGGGUUUCCCAGGGAUGUUGGGUUCUAUAGAUUGCAUGCAUUGGGAGUGGCAGAACUGUCCUACCGCAUGGCGUGCUGAUGGUAUUUACCCCAACUGGCCAACUUUCGUAAAAGCUAUAAGGCACCCAUAUGAGCAAAAGAAAGUCUAUUUCACACAAAUGCAGGAAAGUUGUCGAAAGGAUAUUGAGCGUGCAUUUGGAGUUCUUCAAGCUAGGUGGGCGGUGCUACGAGGUCCAGCAUAUGGUUGGGAUCGUAGUCGUUUAACUGAAAUAAUAACAGCUUGCAUCAUCAUGCACAACAUGAUUGUUGAAGACGAAGGGUCGUUUGCUGCUAAUACUGAUUUUGGAGAUAACACUUCAACCAGUCAAGCACCACAACUAAUUGCAGAAGGAAGGGCAGAAUGGCUAAGGUACUCUGGAGAUGAAGAUGAUGCAGGUAAGGAAGGUAUAGUAUUGGAACCCUGCAAUGGUGUACUGGUAUUAGAUGGUGGAAUGCAAUCAGGAAAUGGGUUUACUUCAGGUGGCCCAAGAGGAUUCCUGACAAAGUUCAAGUAA